CAGCUCGCGGACCCUGCCAGCGAGGCCGCGGCUCCCGGCUGCGCUCGCUCUGCUCCGCCCGGCAGCGGGGCCGGCCCGUGGCGAGGAGGCGCCGGGACUCUGCCCAGCCCGCAGCGGGAGCGGAGCUCGGGCUCGGCCGGGCCGGGCCUGGCCCCGUUGGGAUCCAGCCGCGCGGCUCGUCCCCUGAGCGGGGCGGCGGGCGAGUCUCGUCGUGACUUCCCCGGGUCCCUGCGGAGCAGCCUCGCCCGGCCCUGCCCGCCCCCAGCCCGGCCAGCCGGCGGCGGAGCCCCUCGGGCCCGGAGCGCUGCCCCGGGCGGGCGGGCGGGGAAACGCUCAUGUCCGCCCCUGGGCCGCGGUGAGGGGCGAGCUCCAGAUCCCCCCGCCCGGCCGAGCUCCGGCUGCGCCUGGGCCGGGAACAAAGGGCCAUGGCCGAGCGGGCCGCUGCCCAGGGUCCAGAACUGGAUGCAGUGACACAGUGCCCAUCUCCUUUACUGCCUCCCAUUGUCCCGGAACGAACUUUGGAAAGAGAAACUCAGACUGCAGAGAUUUCCCUGACUGUUGUGGCAGCAAUUCAAGCCGUAGAGAGGAAGGUGGAUUCUCAUGCCACACGGUUGUUGGAUCUGGAGGGGAGAACUGGGAUGGCUGAGAAGAAAUUAAUAGACUGUGAGAAAACAGCAGUGGAACUUGGCAACCAGUUGGAGAGUAAAUGUGCUGCACUGGGAACUCUGAUCCAGGAGUAUGGGCUGCUGCAGAGGAGGCUGGAGAACAUGGAGAACCUGCUGAAGAACAGGAACUUCUGGAUCCUGAGGCUCCCCCCAGGCACUAAUGGAGAAGUCCCCAAGGUGCCCGUGACAUUUGAUGAUGUCUCAGUCUAUUUCAACGAGAAGGAGUGGGAGAAACUAGACGAAUGGCAGAAGGAACUGUACAAGAAUGUGAUGAAGGGCAAUUAUGAAUCUUUGAUCUCCUUAGACUCUGCAAUUUCCAAACCUGGUGUUUUGUCACAUAUUGAACAAGGAGUAGAGUCACGGGUCAGAGGGCUGCAGGACUCAGAUGAGGAGAGAGAAAUCCUUACUGACCCAAGUGCAGCAGGUAUAAGGGUUGUGAUCAAAACAGAGGAGAUUCAUCCUGAGGACUGCCCUGAAAACCUGGAGCUGCACAGAAUGUUGGAACGAUCAGAAGGAAGUUUCCAGAAUCCAGACCAGGAAGCAACCCAUGGUAGUCCGUAUGGCUCAGUAACGCCUCCGAGAAACCCCUCAGGGAACUGUCUGGACGAGUCCACCGAAUAUAAAACAGAUUUCAGUGAAAUCAGAAGAGUCAUUGUUCAGCAGGGUAACUGCACAGAUGACGGGAUUGUGAUCAAAACUGAGGAGGAGGAUGAUCCUGACUCCCUGGAGCCAUAUGCCAUGUUCUCGGGCAGAGCAGAGCAGCAGAUUUUCCAGAAUCAUGAGCAGGGGACAACCUGUGAAGCUCAGUGCAGUUCCAAAAUGCAACAGAGAAACCCAGUCGGAAACAGGCCGGGGCAAUCUACUCCCUGUGAAAGAGACUCCAGUGAAACGAAGACAGUCAUCGUCCACCAGAGAAACCGCACCAGGGAAAGACCUUAUAUCUGUCCUGAGUGUGGGAAAAGCUUCAUGCUGAAGAUCAACUUUAUAAUCCACCAGAGGAACCAUCUCAAAGAGGGGCCCUAUGAAUGUAAUGAGUGCGACUUAAGCUUCAGGAUCAAGCAGCAGUUUAUCCUGCACCAGCGCAGCCACACACGACGGGGAGUUGGCCCGGCCCGACGUGUGGAGAACUUCAGAGACAAGCACAGCCUCAAGCCAGAGCCGAGAACGCCACCGGCAGGGAAACCCUAUAAAUGCACUGAGUGUGAGAGCAGCUUCAGCCACAAGUCGAGCCUCAGCAAACACCAGAUCACGCACGUGGGGGAGCGGCCGUACACGUGCAGUGAGUGCAGGAAGAGCUUCCGGCUGCAGAUCAGCCUGAUAAUGCACCAGAGGAUCCACACUGGGAAGAGCGAGAUGUCCUUCAUAUGCCCUCAGUGUGGGAAAAACUUUAGUCGUCCCUCCCAUCUCCUCAGGCACCAGAGGACUCAUACUGGGGAGCGGCCCUAUAAAUGCACCCAGUGCGAGAAAACCUUCAGUGAGAAGUCCAAGCUUACCAACCACUAUCGCAUCCACACGCGGGAGCGGCCGCAUGCCUGCACUGAAUGCGGCAAAGGCUUUAUCCGCAAGCACCACCUGCUGGAGCACCAGCGCAUCCACACUGGGGAGCGACCCUACCACUGCACUGAGUGCGGCAAGAACUUCACUCAGAAGCACCACCUGCUGGAGCACCAGCGGGCUCACACCGGCGAGAGGCCCUACCCCUGCACUGAGUGCACUAAGUGCUUCCGAUAUAAACAGUCCCUUAAGUACCACUUGAGGACGCACACAGGGGACUUCAUAAUGAACACCUCAAUAAACCAUAAAGUAUCUCAACUGGAAUGUGACCCCGUAAGAACAAAGAUCCAAGCUCAGGAAGCACUGAGGGGCCAGUGGCAAGGGCCGCUGCCGCCCCGCUCCGCCCCGCCGCUCCCGGCCCCGCCAGCCCGGCCGCGGCCCCCGGCCUCCCUCCCUGCGCCCCGGCUGCGCUCGCUCCGCUCCGCCCGGCAGCGGGGCCGGCCCGUGGCGAGGCGGCGCCGGGACUCUGCCCAGCCCGCUCCGGCUCCGGCUCCGGCGUCCGGCUCCGGCUCGUUCCCUGCGGCGCAGCCUCGCCCGGUGCCCCCAGCCCGGCCAGCCAGAGCUCCUGGGGCCGCUCCCGGGCCGGGACAAAGGGCCAUGGGCGAGCGGGCCGCUGCCCAGGAUCAGGAGUGGGACAUGGAGUCCCAGCAAUGGUCACCUUUCCAACCCUCUACUGUUCCUCAACAAAAUUCUGCUAAAGAGACACAGCCAAACUCUGCAGAGAUUUCGCUUUGGACUGUUCUAGCCGCAAUUCAAGCGGUGGAAAAGAAGGUUGAUUCUCAUGCCAUGCGGUUACUGAACCUGGAGCGUAGAACAGUGACAACAGAAAAGAAAUAUUUUGACUGUGAGAAAACGGUAGUGGAUUUUGGUAAUCAAAUGGAGAGUAAGUGGGCCGCGCUGGGAACUCUGAUCCAGGAGUAUGGGCUGCUGCAGAGGAGGCUGGAGAACUUGGAGAACCUGCUGAAGAACAGGAACUUCUGGAUCCUGAGGCUCCCCCCAGGCACUAAGGGGGAAGUUCCCAAGGUUCCAUUGGCAUUUGAAAAUGACUCCGUUUACUUCUCUGAGCAAGAAUGGCAGAACUUAGAGGAAUGGCAGAAAGAGCUUUACAAGAACGUGAUGAAGGGGAACUAUGAAUCUCUGAUCUCACUGGACUAUGCACUCUCCAAACCUGACCUUCUGGCGCGGAUUGAACGAGGGGAAGCGCCCUACGAGGGGGAGGAGGGAGAUGCAGAGGAGAGAGAAAUCCCUGCAGAGCCCAGCACAGAAUCGCUGGUGUAUACGCUUGACGCGACCUGCCAAAGUGAAGGCGAGGAAGAGCCGUGCAUCAAGGGACAGGAGAACUCGGAGGAAAGAGAGAUUCCAGCUGAAUCCCCAAUCGAGUGUGCAUUUUCCCAGCCAAGCUGUGUGUCCCGGAUAAAGCGAGAGGAGGAGCUGUGCAUUGAGGAGCAGGGGGCCUCGGAGGAAGUGGAGAUAUUCUCAGGGCCCAGCACUGAUUAUGCAAUUUCCCAACCUGACAUUUUAUCCUGGAUUGUACAAGAGGAAAAGCCGAAUGUCAGGAAUCCAGGAGCCUUGGAGGAGCAAGAAAUGCCUACGGACCCCCGCCCAGCAGAUUAUGGGAUCCUGAUCAAAACAGAGCAAGAGGAAUGCCCUGCCACCCUGGAAGCACUUGGAACGUUACCAGGAACGUCCCAGGAGGACGUUGGGCAGGGUCCUGAGGAGGGUUGGUGCAGUGCAGCAUCACCACUGCAGAACCACUCAGGAAGGAGGGGACCAGCUCAGCUUGAAAGAUGUUUUGGCAACAACAAGCCAGUCGCCAUUCACCAGAGAAAGUCUGCCAAAGACGGGCCUAAUAAGUGUGCCGAGUGCGGGAAAGGCUUUAGGCUAAAGAAAACCCUUAUCAUUCACCAGAGGAGUCACACCAGAGCAGGACCCUAUGACUAUCCGAAAUGUGCAAAGGGCCUCAGUCACAAGCAGCAAUACCUGCUGCACCAGCUCCAUACAGGAGAGGGAGCUGGCAGCUUGCCAGACCAUCAGCAAAGCGUGGCCCAGAUGCUCAGUCUACAAGCUGACCCAGCAAGAGGCAGAUGCUGUCCAAGCAUGGAAUGCGAUAGCAGCUUCAGUUCGAACUCCAGCCUAAACAAUCCUCAACUCCUGCAGGCAGGAGAGCGGCUUUACGUGUGCACAGAGUGCAAGAAAAGCUUUCGGCUGCACAUCAACCUCCUCAUACACCAGAGAACCCACACAGAGAAAGGCCAAGGGCCUCUUAUCUGUCCAUACUGUGAGAAAUGCUUCAGCCGUUCUUCCCACCUCAUCCGACACCAGAUGAGCCACACGGGGGAGAGACCCUAUAAAUGCCCAGCAUGCGAGAAGAGCUUCACGGAUAAAUCCAAGCUCACCAACCACUACAGGAUCCACACCGGGGAGCGGCCCUACCACUGCAACGAGUGCGGGAAGAGCUUCAGCCGCACGCACCAUCUCCUGAAGCACCAGCAGAUCCACACGGGCGAGAAGCCGUAUCACUGCACCCAGUGCCCAAAACGCUUCUCGCAGAAGCACCAUCUCCUGGGGCACCAGCGUGUUCACACUGGGGAGCGCCCCUACCAGUGCACAGAGUGCGUCAAAAACUUUACACGGAAGCAGCACCUCCGCGAGCAUUGGCGGGUCCACUUGAGAGAGACCCUGAGUGCUCCGAACACUUUAGACACCAGUGGACUCUGAAAUAUCACUUGGGAGAACAGGAUCAGCUGAGGGUAUUAACAGCAGGCUAGUCCGUGGAGAAUGUGUUGGCAGUGGGGGGAGACUUGUAGGCUGGUAUCUCUUUACAAUGAAAGCAUCACGAACACAGAAAAAUGAACCAAUGAAAAAAUGAAAGCAGGUACUGCAUUCAUCUUGCCUUCAGUGAGCUGUGUGCCAGGGCUAGCGGUAUUGGACCCUUAACCUGCAGUGAAAUGUUUGUUAGUGUGCUGUAACCUUUAUAAAAGCAUUCCUUUUGAAACACUUGAUAUUGUUAUGACAAAGGAAUUCCAUGUAUUUGGUGUUCACUUGGUGAUUUCAGAUUGACUUUUAAAAGUUCCCUGUAUGUUUUA